CAAAUGAAUUGUUGUUUUCAUUGCUAUUAAAGUGUGUUUUGGUUUCACUUUUCAUUGCAUUUAAGGUUUCAGUCAUUCAUUCAAAGAAGUGAUGGCCGAAGAAGACCACAAUUAUUACCAACAAAUGGCUAAAAAGCCAAAGAUGUCAUCAAUUGAUGAGAAGUCGACUGCAGAGGAAUGCUAUCCGAGAGACUCAUUAGACAGAUAUGGAGACGACUUAUGCGAAGAGAUAUUGUCUUAUCUAUCACUCGAAGACUGUUUCCGAUUUGAAUGUCUGUCCAAACAGUGGCAGAGAUCUGUGUAUAAGAGACAACACGUCUUCGAUGUGGACAUAGUAUUGAUGGAGAAGAAGGUUCACCACAGAGGCAGACAUGUCGGCCAAACCAUCGCCAAAGACGUGAAUUGGAGGGCAUUGGAGGCAGUGGUGAAGAAGUGCCCAAACAUUACAGCCAUUGAUAUGAUAGUGAACUCGAAAGACACCGAAACACUGUUUGAGAGACUCAUGAAUGCAUACAACGACUCAUUGACUGCAAUACACAUCCGAUUCAUGAAUUGUGAUAAUUAUAUGGCGAAGACUAUUGUCGACAAAUAUGGCCACCGAUUGACUGCCAUAACGACACCGGGCUAUCAAUCGCGUGUCGAUGCCCUCAAGCCUCACCUCAAGUCAUGCACUCAGUUGACACAACUGUCAGCCAUACCUAACGAUGUCCUGUAUUUGAAAUUGUCUGCGCUUUUCGGUGCAGACAAUGAACUUCUGGUCAAAGGGUUGACUCACUUUGAGUUGAGUAUUAAAUACGAGAAUAUUUUGCCGCUUUUGACACCAUUUGUCGAUCACUACAGACAUAGUCUGAAGUCUAUUAGAGUAUCCUUUGAAAGGGAUGUCAACUCGCAAUUGAUUGGUGUAUUGAAUGAGUUGUCGCGACUCAACCAUUUGCGGCAUUUGUCUGUUUUCAUCAAAACUCGUAUUCAUAAACAGAAUCACAAGUCACUCAUCGGUUGUCUGCAACGGUUGGCCACAGAAUGCAAACUAUUAAAGAGACUGGAGUUGAAAAUAUUGGCCAUCAAUGGCACACAAGUGAGACGAUUGUAUCACUCAUUGUAUCGAUUCCAGCGCUUAAGAGGUUUGCAAUUAUUUGUGGAAAAGCCUAAGAGUGAUGAAAGUGAUGACACUCUUAAGGAUUUGACACUAAACUCAUUGUCACCGUUGAAACGGUUGACACAUUUGUCGCUCAACUUUGAAGACUUCAUGAUAAGCGAGACGUUCUUCGACUCCAUUGACACACUUUUGCCACGAAUUGAGUCUUUACGCGGAAGCAGUGGUCUGGAGAUAACUCCAAGAAUUGAAGAAUCGGUGAAACAGUUGCCAAAACUUAGACAUUUUUACUUCUCAAAGACUGAUCAUUUGCAACCCUUUGUGAUUGAUGUGGACGAGUCCAGUGGUGAUGACUUCAGUGAUAGUGGUUCCGAUGCUGAUCUGCCAAGUUGGAUGAUCCAGCUCGAUUAA